AGCUCCUGUUGAUACAUGCACUACUUUCUUCGCACGAUUUCAAUCGAUAUUUCGUGAAAGCUGGCUGAUACAGGGGGUGGUCUCUGUUUGGGCGCCUUCAAUGAUACUCGUACUGUCUUCGUAGUCUCGUAAAAGGCAACCAGAAAGUGUCCGGUUCGCAAAGCUAUGUUGCCGCUGCGCCAUCCCGCCCUUCAUAUCAGGCAUGUUUUCCACGCAAUCAAGACUCUCGAAGCAUCUUGCGUCCAGACUUUUCUCAGGGCGCUCCGCAGCUUGCAAACCUGCCUCCAUCGGCCCAUGACUGGCAUUUCUAGCGCCACAGCGCUAUAAGUCCCUACUGGCCUCAGGGCAGCCUUAUUGAGCAAAAGACACUUGGAACGUCAUACACGUUUCUCAUUACCUGGAAAGCUCAGGGGACUCAUUGAUCGACCACAGCCAUAUUUCUUUCACAUGUUGAGAGUCUGUUAUGCUUGAGGUAGAUUGUGCGAAGCGAAAGGCUGAUGGUGGAUGGUUCGACGAGUCGCACCUUGCGUUUGCCUUCACCUCUAUCAAGGCUAGAGGUCUAGUGAUUUUCGGUACACAUCUAAUGAUCCUCGUGACACACCUCCAAUGGAAUGGCGCAGCUUCGGGCCCUUCGGUAACGAUCCCUGGUAUGCAUCCCUGAUGAAGUGUCCUUGGUUUGAUGAUGCACCGUUGGUGGACGCGCCUUGGGUGCACCCUUCGGCAAUGCACACUUUGUCCGAGCGGCAACCCAUUCUAUUGGAGUACGUGUCUUAAGUCAAUCUCUAGUACCAUCACGCAACCGAGGCGAUGGUUGAGUCCAUAGGAGCAGCUGCUUGCCUACUCCACAGAUAUCUAGAGACUAGAUCUUUCUCGAAGUGGCAUCAAGUCGAGUGCAGAGUGGAUCUUGCAUGCGACGCCGAUUUUUCAGGCGUUGACCGCCGCUGAUGCUCGGCUGGAUAUGAUUCCUCUCGCGCCGCCACCGCGGGGUACCGGAGCGGCUGGGAUGGCGCUGGCGGGGCCAACGCCAUGUGUUGCCUUGAGUGAAAACUGUGAACGGAAAUCCAGG